UGGAGACAAAAAUCCCGGUUAGCAGUGAGGGUUGCGGAUCGGCCGCUUUAGGUUCUCUUCCAAAAACGAGUCGAUACCAUUCCUGCCGCGUUGUUGUGACUCCUGCUCUGAAUAUACUUAUUCAACAGAAAAUUACCAAUGUGUAUAUGAUGGAGUGGUUUACACAAUGGCUUCUAAUUCUCCUGACUAUACAAUUUUCAAAUACACUUCCAGACGAGAUUCCAAUAGGUGGAUUGUUUCACCCAGCGGACGAUAAACAGGAGAUAGCGUUUAGAUAUGCUGUGGAAAAAAUAAAUAGCGACAGAGCGAUUCUUCCUAGAUCAAAAUUAAGUGCCCAAAUAGAAAAAAUACCACCGCAAGAUAGUUUCCACGCUUCGAAAAAAGUUUGUCACCUAUUACGUAGCGGGGUGGCUGCUAUCUUCGGGCCGCAGUCGGCUCACACAGCCAGUCACGUACAGUCGAUAUGCGACACAAUGGAGAUACCUCACUUGGAAACGCGAUGGGACUACCGGCUCCGCAGGGAGAGCUGUCUAGUGAACCUUUAUCCUCAUCCCACAACGCUGUCGAAGGCUUACGUUGAUCUGGUAAAAGCGUGGGGCUGGAAAUCCUUUACCAUAAUCUACGAGAACAAUGAGGGUCUUGUAAGGUUGCAGGAGCUGUUAAAAGCACACGGACCCUACGAGUUCCCCAUUACAGUUCGUCAGCUGGGUGAAGGCUCCGAUUACAGGCCACUGCUAAAGCAAAUCAAGAACUCGGCCGAGUCCCACAUCGUGCUGGAUUGUUCGACGCAAAGGAUUUACGAUGUAUUGAAGCAGGCGCAACAGAUUGGGAUGAUGAGCGACUAUCACAGCUACCUUAUUACUUCUUUAGAUUUACACGGAGUUGAUUUGGAGGAAUUUAAGUAUGGUGGCACAAACAUUACCGCUUUUCGUUUGGUGGAUCCUGACGGUCCAGAAGUUCGGAGUAUAGUCAAAGAUUGGAAUUUGGGCUCGGUGGAUAACAAGAACAAAAAAACUGUCGAUAUCGCUCCUAUAUACAGGGAUAAUAACACAUUCGUAAAGGCAGAGACAGCUUUAAUGUACGAUGCGGUUCAUUUGUUUGCCAAGGCCCUACACGAUUUGGAUACGAGCCAGCAAAUUGAUAUAAAACCCCUCAGCUGCGAUGCCGUUGAUUUUUGGCCUCAUGGUUAUAGCCUCAUUAAUUAUAUGAAAGUGGUUGAGAUGAGAGGACUCACUGGCGUCAUUAAAUUUGAUCAUCAAGGAUUCAGGAGCGACUUCGUCCUUGAUAUAAUCGAACUAAGUCGCGAGGGGCUCAAGAAAAUUGGCACCUGGAAUUCGACGGAGGGAGUUAAUUUUACCAGAACGUACGGGGAAGCCUACACGCAAAUAGUUGAGAUAAUUCAAAACAAAACCUUCGUUGUCACCACAAUUUUGAGUGCUCCCUAUGUAAUGCGUAAAGAGGCCAGUGAAAAAUUGACCGGCAACGCACAGUUCGAGGGCUACGCUGUCGAUCUCAUCCACGAGAUAUCGCGUGUCUUAGGCUUCAACUACACCAUCCGAUUGACACCGGACGGUCAAUACGGCUCCCAAAAUCGCGAAACGAAAGAAUGGAACGGAAUGAUUGGCGAAUUGCUUAAUCAAAAAGCCGAUCUAGCGAUAGCCGAUCUCACUAUAACUUACGAAAGAGAAAAUGCCGUUGAUUUUACCAUGCCUUUUAUGAAUUUGGGAAUCAGUAUUUUGUAUAGGAAACCAAUUAAGCAACCACCCAAUCUUUUCUCCUUCCUAUCACCCUUGUCGUUGGACGUUUGGAUAUAUAUGGCAACCGCGUAUUUGGGGGUGUCUGUACUUUUAUUUAUACUUGCGAGGUUUACACCGUACGAGUGGCAGAAUCCACACCCUUGUAAUCCGAACCCGGACCACUUGGAGAAUCAAUUCACUUUGUUUAACUGCAUGUGGUUCGCUAUUGGUUCUCUAAUGCAGCAGGGCUGCGAUUUUCUUCCCAAGGCUGUUUCCACUAGAAUGGUUGCCGGGAUGUGGUGGUUUUUUACACUCAUAAUGAUUUCUUCAUACACAGCCAACUUGGCAGCGUUCCUGACUGUAGAAAGAAUGGAUUCUCCUAUCGAAAGUGCCGAUGAUCUAGCCAAACAAACCAAAAUCAAAUACGGCGCCUUAAGAGGAGGAUCAACUGCUGCAUUCUUUAGAGAUUCUAAUUUCUCUACAUAUCAAAGGAUGUGGGCCUUUAUGGAGUCCCAGAGGCCAUCAGUGUUUGCGAGUACUAAUAUAGAAGGAGUGGAACAAGUAGUCAAAGGGAAAGGAAGUUAUGCUUAUUUAAUGGAGUCCACUUCCAUUGAGUACGUAAUUGAAAGAAAUUGUGAGUUGACUCAAGUUGGCGGAAUGCUGGACUCGAAAGGAUAUGGAAUUGCGAUGCCGCCAAACUCGCCGUUUAGAACUGCAAUCAGCGGAGCUAUUUUGAAACUGCAAGAAGAGGGAAAACUACACAUAUUAAAAACUAGAUGGUGGAAAGAAAAGAGAGGAGGAGGAGCAUGUAGAGAUGAAACUACAAAGACAAGCAGCACUGCAAAUGAGUUGGGUUUGGCGAAUGUGGGUGGCGUAUUUGUGGUCCUGAUGGGCGGCAUGGGCGUCGCCUGCGUCAUCGCUGUCUGCGAGUUCGUUUGGAAGUCGCGAAAGGUCGCCGUGGAAGAACGGGUGAGCAGCAUUCUGCACGACACGUAGCUAUAAAUGAAGCACUAGAACGUCAUUUUAUACGUAAUUGUAAUUUUGGUAUACCCUUUAGACGCAGGGCGUAUCAAGUAAUGUCCUAUCGAUGCUAUUUAUUUGUUGGGCGUCAAGAUUUUAUCUCGCUAAAUCCGAUUAAUUCUUAAAACCUUAAAAAUAAAAUCAAAUGAAUUGGUGAUUGUAGAAUGGAUAAUUUUUUU